ACCCGGCUCCUUGGGCCCUCCCAGCCCCACCCCCUGAAGCAGGAGCCGCGCCCCCUCUCCCAGAGACCCGGAGCUGAGGACGGACGAGACUGGGCAACAGGGGUUGGAUUUCUAGCCACCCCCCGCAGCCCAAUUCUGCUCCAUCCAUCCCAGGAGGCAGAGAGAGGCAGAGAGAAAUCAUCCUUCUUGUUAGCUGCCAGCAGGAAGCGGGGGGGGGGGGAAUCAAAGGAAAAGAUAAAAGGAGACGAAGGGGAGGUGACAGCCAGUUUAUUUAGGAAAGGCGCAGAGGACAGAAAUCGCCAUGGGGACUCCCAAGGCCCAGCGCCCGCCGCCUCCCCAGCUGCUGUUCCUGAUUCUGCUGAGCUGUCCCUUGGUUAAGGGUCUACCCCUGAAGGAGGACGAGGAGGCGCUGCUGGAGCCUGGCAGUGAGACCCCCACCCUGGCCUCCGAGGCCUUGGCUGAGCUGCUGCACGGGGCCCUGCUGAGGAGGGGCCCCGAAAUGGGCUACCUACCUGGACCCGAUCCGGACCCUACACUUGCCACCCCUCCAGCCGGCCAGACUCUUGCAGCGCCCUCCCUGCCGCGGGCCACCGAGCCAGGGACAGGGCCUCUGACCACCGCCGUCACUCCUAAGGGGGACAGGGGGGCCGGCCCCACCGCCCCGGAGCUGCUGACCCCGCCCCCAGGGACUACAGCCACGCCCCUUCCUGGGCCCGCCUCCCCCGGCCCGCCCCUGGGAUCUGAGGGUGGAGAGGAGGAGACCACCACCACAAUCAUCACCACGACCACUGUCACCACCACGGUGACCAGCCCAGUGCUGUGUAAUAACAACAUCUCUGAGGGCGAAGGGCAUGUGGAGUCUCCAGAUGUGGGGAGCACCGCCAGCCGCACCUUGGGGCUCCUGGACUGCACGUAUAGCAUCCACGUCUACCCCGGCUAUGGCAUCGAGAUCCAGGUGCUGACGCUGAACUUGUCUCGGGAGGAGGAGCUCCUGGUGCUGGCUGGUGGGGGGUCCCCAGGCCUGGCCCCCCGACUCCUAGCCAACUCCUCCAUGCUGGGAGAGGGGCAGGUCCUCCGCAGCCCCACCAACAGGCUGCUCCUGCAUUUCCAGAGCCAACGGGCACCCCGGGGUAGCGGCUUCAGGAUUCAUUAUCAGGCCUACCUGCUAAGCUGUGGCUUCCCUCGCCGGCCGGCCCACGGAGACGUGAGUGUGACAGACCUGCACCCAGGGGGCACCGCCAGCUUCCACUGUGACUCGGGCUACCAGCUGCAGGGUGAGGAGACCCUCAUUUGCCUCAAUGGCACCCGGCCAGCCUGGAAUGGGGAGCCCCCCAGCUGCACAGCUUCCUGUGGUGGCACCAUCCACAAUGCCACCCUGGGCCGCAUUGUGUCCCCUGAGCCUGGGGGAGCUGCGGGGCCCAACCUCACCUGCCGAUGGGUCAUUGAAGCGGCGGAGGGACGGCGGCUGCACCUGCACUUUGAGAGAGUCUCGCUGGAUGAGGACAAUGACCGGCUGAUGGUGCGCUCAGGGGGCAGCCCCCUGUCCCCGGUGAUCUAUGACUCGGACAUGGACGAUGUCCCCGAACGGGGUCUCAUCAGUGAUGCCCAGUCCCUCUACGUGGAGCUACUGUCUGAGACACCUGCCAACCCUCUGCUGCUCAGCCUCCGAUUUGAAGCCUUUGAAGAAGAUCGCUGCUUUGCCCCCUUCCUGGCACAUGGCAAUGUCACCACCACAGACCCUGAGUAUCGCCCAGGGGCACUGGCUACAUUCUCCUGCCUCCCAGGAUAUGCCCUGGAACCCCCUGGACCCCCCAAUGCCAUUGAGUGUGUGGAUCCCACGGAACCUCACUGGAAUGACACAGAACCAGCUUGCAAGGCCAUGUGUGGAGGGGAGCUGUCAGAGGCCGCUGGUGUGGUCCUCUCUCCCGACUGGCCCCAGAGCUACAGCCCAGGCCAGGACUGUGUGUGGGGCCUGCACGUUCAGGAGGAGAAGCGCAUCUUGCUCCAAGUUGAGAUCCUGAAUGUGCGUGAAGGGGACAUGCUGACACUGUUUGAUGGAGAUGGCCCCAGUACCCGAGUUCUGGCCCAGCUCCGGGGCCCUCAGCCACGCCGCCGACUCCUUUCUUCUGGACCUGACCUCACACUGCAGUUCCAGGCCCCACCUGGACCCCCAAACCCAGGCCUGGGUCAGGGCUUUGUGUUGCACUUCAAAGAGGUCCCAAGAAACGACACGUGUCCUGAGCUGCCACCUCCCGAGUGGGGCUGGAGGACGGCAUCCCACGGGGAUCUGAUCCGAGGCACGGUGCUCACUUACCAGUGCGAGCCUGGCUAUGAGCUGCUUGGCUCCGACAUUCUCACCUGUCAGUGGGACCUGUCCUGGAGCGCGGCGCCACCUGCCUGCCAAAAGAUCAUGACUUGUGCGGACCCUGGUGAAAUUACCAAUGGGCACCGGACCGCCUCAGACGCCGGCUUCCCAGUAGGCUCACACGUCCAGUACCGCUGCCUGCCAGGGUACAGCUUGGAGGGGGCAGCUGUGCUCACCUGCUACAGCCGGGACACAGGCACGCCCAAGUGGAGCGACCGGGUCCCCAAGUGCGCCUUGAAGUAUGAGCCGUGCCUGAAUCCCGGGGUGCCCGAGAAUGGCUACCAGACGUUGUAUAAGCACCACUACCAGGCGGGCGAGUCUCUGCGCUUCUUCUGCUACGAGGGCUUCGAGCUCAUCGGCGAGGUCACCAUCACCUGUGUGCCUGGCCACCCCUCCCAGUGGACCAGCCAACCCCCACUCUGCAAAGUGGCCUAUGAGGAGCUCGUGGACAACCGAAAACUGGAAGUGACCCAGACCACAGACCCAUCCCGGCAGCUGGAGGGUGGAAACCUCGCCUUGGCCAUCCUGCUUCCCCUGGGCCUGGUUAUUAUUCUCGGCAGUGGUAUCUAUGUCUAUUACACCAACCUCUCUGUCCUCUCCUUUGGCCAGGCUGCAGGGCAAAUCCCUUUUCGGCUUCUCCGGCUCUCACUCCUACAGCCCAAUCACUGUGGAGUCAGACUUCAGCAAUCCACUGUAUGAAGCUGGGGACACUCGGGAAUAUGAGGUUUCCAUCUGAACCCCAAGACUAAGGAAGGCUGCAGGACCCAGGAUGCCCCUCCCCGCUCCCGUGGGCAGGGAAGAGGGCAGGAUCUGGCCUCUGACUCCUCUGCUCCCUGCUGUGUACAUAGCCCCCCAUCCCCAGGGGCCCCCAGGGUGUGUCAGUGACCCCUAGGGUCUGGGGACCCUCGUCAAUCAACCAGCAUCCUGCUGUCCUCAGUCUCCUCAGUUGCCAAACAAGGGGCCCGCCCCCUCUCCCCCCACAUUGGCUUUUGGACCCUGGGAGGGGAACUCAGCCCCCUGCAGCUCCUCGGGCCACUCCAGCCCAGGGCACCCUACAAGGACCGCUCCUCUCUGCUGUUCCCUCGGCCAUGACAGCUCUGCUCUUCCCGGACACUCUGGCCCUGGAGGGUCAGGAGAAGAGGGGAAAAGGGGGGAGCUGGGGCCACCUCCCGCCCCUCCCUGCCACCUCCCCAACCCACCAUCCCACUGACCUUUGCUUCUGGAUUUUUGCUUUUGAGCAAUAAACAGAAAAUCAU